GAGUGCAGGAGCCGGAUCCGAGGCGGCGGGCGGCUCGUAGUGUGCGAGCUGCGGAGCACAAUGCACUCGACGUGGAGGGGGAGGAAGGCUGGAGACAGGAGGUGAGCACGGACGUAGGGAGGGCGGGUCGGACGAUAGCACAGGUGCCGACUCCAGGAAUGCGGGCUUGAGCCUGUCGAUGGCCACUAAGUGUCAGGUCCCCGCGGAAGAUCGAGGCGGAAAAACUUCCUCGCGAGAUGACCUGUAGGGGCCGUCAUAGGGAGGCUGCAAGCUGGAGCGCACAGAGUCCCGGCGGACGAAGACGUGGGUGGCUUGAUUAAGGUCGGGGCUCACGAACACGCGUGUUGCGGUACCGGAGCGGGUACGCGUGGGCUUGAGGUCCCGGAAGAGCUGGCGGAGACGGUCGAUGUAUGAGGAAGGGUCGUGCACGAGCGGGGCCGAGGGGGUGAAGAAUGCUCCGGGAAGGCGGAGCGGGCAGCCGUAGACCAUGUGGGCCGCGCCGCAGUCAUCCUGGCGGAUCGCGGCGCGAAGGCCAAGCGGACGAAGGGUAGACGCUCGGGCCAGGUUGUGUCGCCGUGGUCAGUGGCGCGGAGGGAAGCCUUGAGCUGCCGAUGAAGGCGCUCGACCAGGCCGUUGGCAGCCGGAUGGUAGGCCGUGGUUCGGAUGUGAUGGGUUCCGAGGGCGCUGCACAGGUGACGGAAGAGGGCCGAUUCAAACUGGCGUCCUCUGUCCGUGGUUACAGUGGACGGGACGCCGAAUCGGGAAACCCAGGAGAAGAGGAAUGCGUGGGCCACCGUCUCUGCCGUGAUGUCAGGAAUCGGGGUUACCUCCGGCCAGCGGGUAAAGCGGUCGAUGCACGAGAGCAGGUAGCGGUAGCCUUUGGCCGGACGAAGCGGGCCGACCAAGUCGAUGUGGACCUGGUCGAAACGUGCAUCUGGCGGAAGGAACCGCGAUGGAGGCGAGAUGGUGUAGCGGUAGAUUUUGGACCGCUGGCAGGCAAGGCAGGCCCGCGCCCAGUCACGGACAUCGGCAUUCAUGCGAGGCCAUAUGUAGCGCUCGGCGACGAUCUUUUGCGUGCCGCGUACGCCAGGGUGUGACAGCGAGUGGAGGGCGUUGGAAACAUGCCGGCGGAAGUCCAGGGGAACGAAAGGGCGCGGGGUACCAGUAGAGGUGUCGCACCAUAGACUUGCCGUCGAACCGGGGAGCGAGAUCUCCAGAAAAGUGGUGGAUGAGGCGGGGGAUGAACGAAGGGCGGCGAGCUCUUGAUUAGCCUGUUGCGCCUGGGCGAUGGCGUCCAAAUCGACCGCGGGGGGCGGAUGGAGAGCAUUGACGUCCAGCCGCGAGAGCGCGUCGGCAGCGGCAUUGUCUUCGCCUGCGACGUGUCGCACAUCUGUCGUGAACUCCAAGAGGUAGCACAUGUGGCGGGUUUCACGAGGCGAGUGGUUGAGGGAGGCCGAUUGCAGGGCGAACAUGAGAGGCUUGUGGUCGGUGUACAGCACAAACGGGCGGCCCUCGAGAAAAUGGCGGUAGUGUCUGCAUGCCAGGUAGGCGGCUAGGAGCUCACGCCCGAAGGUGCUGUAGCGUGUUUCUGCUGGCGAAAGGCUCUGGGAAAAGAAACCGAGAGGUUUCCAGUUGCCAUCCUGACGCUGCUGCAAGGCUGCGCCGACAGAAGCAGUGGAGGCGUCGACGAACAACGCUGUCUCGGCGUCAGGACGAGGAUGGUGGAGCAGCACAGCAUCUGCCAGGGCCUGCUUGACCUCUGCGAACGCGCGUUCUGCUGCCGGUGUCCACUCCAGAGGGGCAGCACGGGCCUCUUUCGGAUGGUCAGCGCCGAGAGCUACGUAGAGAGGCUGGAGCAAGGCAGCACAGCGAGGCACAAAACGUCGGUAGAAAGUCACGAGGCCGAGGAAUGAACGAAGUCCUUUGCGAGAAGUGGGGGCAGGAAAGUCUCGGAUGGCCUGGACCUUGGAUGCGAGUGGCCGGAUGCCUUGCGGGGUGAUGAUGUGUCCCAGGAAGGUAAGGGUGGUAACGCCAAACUCGCACUUCGCGGCAUUGAUGAAGACUCCGUAGUCCUCCAGGCGCGAGAACAGGGCGUGCAGAUGCGCGCGAUGAGCCUCCGGAGAUGGACUUGCGACGAGGAUGUCAUCCAUGUAUGCGAAUACGAAGUCCAGGUCGCGGAGCACUUCGUUGAUGAAUCGUUGGAAUGUCUGCGCAGCAUUACGCAGGCCAAAGGGCAUCCGCACGUAUUCAAAGAGGCCAAAAGGGGUGGUUAUAGCAGUCUUCGGGAUGUCAGGGGGAUGGACGGGAAUUUGGUGAUAGGCUUUGAUGAGGUCUAUCUUGGAGAAGAUGGUCGCUCCGUCAAGAUUCGCGGUGAAGUCCUGAAUAUGGGGAAGCGGGUAUCUGUCCGGUACCGUGACAAUGUUGAGUGCGCGGUAGUCCCCACAUGGGCGCCAAUCACCAGGUGUUGCUUUGAGCAUUUUCCAUUCUUCAGAGGUACGUGCGAUAUUAACUAUAUUGAUAUGAACUAUAUUUAUAACAGUCACAACGAGCAUCGGGAACCCUGAAUUGGACUGCAUUUUACUGACGCAUUCUCUAACAAGCUGAACAGCAUUCAUCACUGCAUUCAGUUCACGCACGAGAAAGAAACUCAUGGAAAGAUCGCCUUCCUUGACGUCCUUGUAAAUGGGGGGGGGGGGUAUAUAUAAGUUUAAUAAACAGGAGGUGGCGUCCACGCAAGGAGAGGCCAGCCAGACCUAUGUCAGCUUGCUACGCCCUGGUGGAGCAAAAAAAAGAAAAAAAAGAGAAACCGGCCGGUUUCUUUGCAGUGGGGGCGAGUGCCCAGGGCCGCGGUUCGCAGUUUACAACGUAACCCUCAGCUGGGUGUCCUGUAGGUAUUGCAGGAGAGCCCUUGUAACGGCUCCCUGCUGUUGGCGUGCGACGGGGCCGAGAAGCACGGCCAGUGAGAGCGAGCCGUGUCCCAGGCGUUGGAGGCGAUUGGCGAGGACAGCGCGGGCUGCAGAGUACUCCGAGCAGGUUAGUAGGAGGUGCUCAACGUCUGCUACUGCACCACAGGUAGCGCAGCUAGCUGAGCGACGCUUUCCGACCCUGCACAAGUAUUGCGGUGUAUAUGCGACGUUGAGUCGGAGCCGAUGCAGCAGCGUUUCUUCUGCGCGGACGAGCUGCUAGUAUGGAGCGAAUUGCAUUGUCGGGUCAAUGGACGGGAUAUACGCAUUGGAGCGUACAGCGUCUUCGACAGAGCGACGCAUUUCGGAGGCACACCACUCGCGGAUCUUUAUAGGACAGGCGGACGAUGUGAGCGGCAUACUAGCUGGCGGGCCGACGUCUUGGUGGGCUUCGUCUUGGCGGGCCGACGUCUUGGUGCGUGGACUACAGGAAGGAGGUGGAAGGCGGAACUGCCGAAGGCAGCGACAAGCUCCCAGAUUGAAGGAUCUAUAAAAGCAAUGAAUAAAAUAUUUUAGCUGCAUUGUAUAAUUUUCUUGUCACAAGUGAAGUCAGCACUCUGGAAGACCCGGAUCCUCCGACAUCUUUAGAAAGUCUCUGGUGCGACGAAAUUCUUCCAAGUUCUCCUGAAGAAGUUACUACUGCAACGACUUCUAAAGAUGGCGGAGGAUUCGUGGGAGCCCUUAUUUCAGCCCCUCUGGCAACUAGUAAAUUCGACGAAAGGUCUACAUCUCAACACCAAACGAGUAGCGAUGAAACUGUUCGACCAGAUAAUAGAAAUGAAUCUUCCAGUAACCACGAUAUUGGGGACAAUAUAUCCGAAGCUGAAGGAAAUUCGUUUUGGGAAAUCCUUGACGCUGAAGCAUGUGUUCCUGCAGCUGGAGAAGGUACUUCAGCAACUUCAGAUGAAUUACGGCGACUUGCCGCUUCGUUGGGAUAUCGAUGUGAGCGAUUCUUGCCAGCAAAUGAUAGAUGGCUCGGAGACAUCAUUCCUAAAAUCCGAAAUGAAGAACUUUUUGACAUCGUUGAACAUCUCCGAGAAUGGUUUCAAAGAUACGGAGAAGGAAGAGCAGCGGGACUUAUUUAUCACGCAGAAAGCGAAGAUGGACAAACGGGACAUAUCCACAUCUAUCACAGCUGUCCCUUCAGAAACAGUACCUGUCGUUGCGGUUUUCUCAGAGUCCUCCCUCGGAUCAAGUUCCGAGCUCGAAGAAGAAUUGUUUUUUCACGCACAACCUACGAAGAAAGUUACUGGAUUAACUUCCUUAAGUAUUACUGCCUUAAACCGAGACGACUUUUAUUCCUGGAAGUCAGCAACAGAAGUUACGAAGGGACCGUACAUCGACUUCAAGUUCUACCAGGAUGUCAAGCAUCUACACAAGACGAAGCCGAUGGAUUAUUGGCGACAUGCGAGCUUCCGGGCCAAGGCCAGUCGUUGGAACAAGGGAAAUCCGAACAAAUACAAGAAAUUGAAGAAUUUGAUCAAAGAAAUGCAGAGAGAACUUCUUCGUCUGGGAAACGACACAAAAGACGUGCGGAAGAGCAGUUUCCCACAGUCAGACACAAGAAAAGCUUGAAUUUGCACAAAGACUUAGUGCAUGUUUCCCGUUCCGCCCGUGUCCUACAACAUUCUAUUUGGCUCUUGGAUUCUCAUCCAAGCUGUUGCGAGUGCCAUCUCAGUGCUUGGACGCUUACUUGCUUAUUCUACGUACCCUGCUUCUCGGAGCCGUCUGGACGUAUUUCGCUCCGCUCUGCGUGGGACUCAUAUUUUCGUCGCCGUCUCCAUGCUGUGACAGUGUCUUUGUGCCGUUUCAGUGAACACUGAAGGUGUUUUGUGUGUGUACCUUAGAAUCAACCUACAGAAGCCGUGGCAGAUGUGUGCGCAUUACAGAUACCUUCGUCAAAUAUGCAGAAAAGGGUAAACUAUCGACAUCAAAGGUGCCUGUACAGAAACGGAAAAAGCUCAUCAAAAAGCAUUUGGCAAGCUUUCUGAGGGACCUACGUCGCGCCAGUACCUGAAUAAACCGAAACUAUUGAAGGAAGGUGUUCGUCUCUCGAAAGAAGUCAUCAGAGAAGCGGUGGACAGAAUGAACCUGAAUUGCGAGAAAUAUGACGUUGUCGGCAACAACUGCCAGCACUGGAUCAAAAGGGCUGCUCGGAAGGCUGAGUGUACCAGUGUCUGACGUCGAUAUAAAAGAAGCCGCUGCCAUUGGAGUUACCCUAGUUGCAGGAGCCGCAGUUACAGCCUUGUUCGAUUCCGCGUCUCGCAGAUGAAAAAAACUAAAUACCUUCAGGGUUGCCUGUCUCGAGAAUUAAAUAUGUCCUAUCGGCGUUCAUCAACUGAGUAUAGACGCACAGCCCUAGCAGAAAUUUCACAGUGGCACCCGUUGUAGAAAAAAUGUCAGGUAUGACUGAAGUCAGUGAACAGAGUCCAGCAAAGUUCCCCUUUUCUCUGAAAGAUGAAAGUCACUGAAAAGGUUAGCCAGCUGUAGGACUGGAACCCAAAUCUUCUAGAUUUCCGGUCCAGGGCUCUACCAAUUGAGCUCAGCUAACACACCUCCCCUGCAACUUCCAUGGGUUCGUCAUCUGAAGGGGCAACCCAGCCACUCUCUCUCACUCAUACUCCUUACACUCUUACAUUUUUGCUCAUUGGUACACACAUUAACACGACGUGAUCGGCGCAGGCGGCAACUGUUGAACAUGAGAGAAAUGAUGUUCUGAGGCUGGAACAACAUAGAAAGGACAAAUACAUACAAAGCUUGAAAUUUGCAAGAGCCAAAGCCAAAUUUUCCAAAGCCAAAAUUUGCCCUUUCUAUGUUGUUCCAGCAUCAGAACAUCAGUUCUCUCACGUUCUCCUUUGCUUUUUUCUGCUUUGUUCUCCUUUUCUUUCCUUUCUUCUUUCUAUUUUCUUUUCGUCCUUUCCUUCUCCAUUUCUUCAUUUUCUUAUUCCAUUUCUUUUAUUCUUUUUCUUCUCCUUUCCUUCCCUUCUUUGUCUUUUCCUUUUCUUUUGUUCCCGUUUUAUCGAUAGCAAGUCGACCUCCGUCUGGCUAACCUACCCUUUCUGUUUUGUUAAGAAAUAUAUCCCCCCCCCUCCAACAAAGUUCUCCUGUAUUCCUGUUGCUCGUUUUUCCCUUCCUCUCCCUAUCUUCACAAACUGCAGUGUCUGCGACGAAUGCUGGAAGCGGUCUUCGCAAAGGGAGACUGUGUAUUACGGAAUCGGGCAUUUUCUCGUCUUGGGGAGACCUGUUCUUUCAAGUCUGCAGACACCCCAGGUGACGGAUCCACGGCGCCAGAGGCGAAGGGAUGAAAUAGCUACGUGCACGUGGUUCUGUUUGCUCGCCGCAAGGUUGUUUACAAUACAGGCUUAUACAGAUAUUGAGUCGUGUAUUGUGUGUCGUGCCUCUGGGUGUCCAGAUUUCGGCUUCUACUUUAUGGAGGACAGGUAUAUAUUCCGUCCACGGCAUCAAGUAAUCUGUGCCCUCUAAUUAUUGUAUUGCACUGUGCCUGUGUUUUGCUCAUUUGGAUUACCUAUGAUGUCUUGUACUGUACGUGGCCUGGCGUAUGGUCUUUACCCAUGUAGCCAAAGGUGGGAUAAUAAAUGUCUAAUCGACGUCUAAAUUUGGACGUCUGGCAGGUCUAGUAGAUGUCUCUCAAUAGCCUUAUUGUCUAGGGGAGUUCCUCAAGCCUUCCUCUAGAAUAGCUAAGGUUACGCCACCUAGACGUCUCAACUUAGAUAUCCGA